ACGUUGAGAGUGAAAAUGGCCCGUACCAAACAGACUGCUCGUAAAUCCACUGGUGGCAAGGCGCCACGCAAACAACUGGCUACCAAGGCCGCACGUAAAAGUGCUCCAGCAACCGGUGGCGUGAAGAAACCUCAUCGGUAUCGCCCUGGCACUGUUGCCCUGCGUGAAAUCCGUCGUUACCAGAAGAGUACCGAGCUGCUGAUCCGCAAACUGCCUUUCCAGCGGUUGGUUCGUGAAAUCGCUCAAGAUUUCAAAACCGACUUGCGUUUCCAGAGCUCAGCAGUAAUGGCCCUGCAGGAAGCUAGCGAAGCCUAUCUGGUCGGUCUCUUCGAAGAUACCAACUUGUGUGCCAUCCAUGCCAAGCGUGUCACAAUCAUGCCCAAGGACAUCCAACUGGCCAGACGUAUUCGUGGCGAGCUGAGCAGCAGCAAAAUAAUACCACCAGUGAGGUGGCUGUCGGAUACCAACCAACUAACAGCGAUACUAAAAAACGAAAAGGGCGAAAUAGCGUCCACCUAUACAUCGAAAACGGAACAGCGGCGUCGGAGCAUCGGCGUCAAUAUGAUCGGGGCCGGAAUGGAGGACGACGACGAGGAGGAGGUUGAUGCGGCCCAUGCACAGCCCCCAGACCAUUCUCAGGCUCCCGAUAUCAACGACGCUACCCAAGUGCAACAUCAUCAUCUUCAGCAGCGACAGCAACGUCAUUAUCUUCAGCAGCAUCAUCGUCUUCAGCAGCGACGGCAGCAUCAUCAUCCUCAGCAGCGACAGCAGCAGCAGCAACGUUGUCAUCAUCUCCAGCGACGGCAGCAGCGGAAGCAGCAGCAUCAAAUAUGGUUGAGAGUGAAAAUGGCCCGUAUCAAACAGACUGCUCGUAAAUCCACUGGUGGCAAGGCGCCACGCAAACAACUGGCUACCAAGGCCGCACGUAAAAGUGCUCCAGCAACCGGUGGCGUGAAGAAACCUCAUCGGUAUCGCCCUGGCACUGUUGCCCUGCGUGAAAUCCGUCGUUACCAGAAGAGUACCGAGCUGCUGAUCCGCAAACUGCCUUUCCAGCGGUUGGUUCGUGAAAUCGCUCAAGAUUUCAAAACCGACUUGCGUUUCCAGAGCUCAGCAGUAAUGGCCCUGCAGGAAGCUAGCGAAGCCUAUCUGGUCGGUCUCUUCGAAGAUACCAACUUGUGUGCCAUCCAUGCCAAGCGUGUCACAAUCAUGCCCAAGGACAUCCAACUGGCCAGACGUAUUCGUGGCGAGCGUGCUUAAGUUGACAUUUCUUCGACAAGCGCAUA